AUGGAAAACUUUGAUCGGAUUUCUCAUGCUGAAUCGAUGAAGGAGGCAUGUGAUAUUCUUGUCAAGUAUUACAAAGGAGGUGAGAAGGUUAAGUUCGUCAAAUUACAGACGUUACAAAGGAAGUAUGAAUUACUACAGAUGGGAAAAGAAGAAAAGAUUGCAGACUAUGCCUUGAAGGUGCAAAAUCUUGUCAAUUUCAUGAAAGCCAUUCAAGAAUCCAACAGUCUUGAAACCAUGAAACUAGAAGGUUUGGUUGGUUCGUUGGAGGCACAUGAGAUGAGGAUUGUCGAAAGGAAAGGUGUUCAAGAUUUGAUACAGACACUUCAAGCUCAGACAUGGAAGAAACAUAGUGGUUCCAAGAAGUUCAAGGGAAAAGGAGAUAAGACUAAGAGUUUUGACGAGUCGAAGAAGAGGAAGGUCAAACUUGCUAAUAAUAGCUCAUUGCAAGCAGAAGGUACUUGCGACACAAUUAUUCAAAGGAUAAAUGAAGCAAAAGCUAUGAUCAAAGGUGUACUAUAUGUAUGUGGAAUGAAGUGCAACCUGCUAAGUGUUGGACAAAUGGUUGAAAAAGGUUUCUCAGUGCUUAUAAAAGAUAGAGCCUUAGAAUUGUUUGACACCUAG